UUUUAAUAUUAAGAACACCAUAUCAAGAUGUAUGACGAAGAAGAAUCCAAGUACACACGAGUUCGUGGAGCAGUCAAAAUAGAAGAAGAGAAAGGCGGAUACCUCUACGUCCAACUUAGAAAGUUUAUCAACGUUAUUGAUGAACUCAGAGAUGUCGGACUCCAAGAACAUAUCAGUCUCCCAAGGAUCGCAGUCCUUGGACAGCAGAGUUCGGGUAAAAGUUCAGUGCUCGAGAACAUUGUGGGAAUCGACAUGCUUCCAAGAGGAGCAGGACUUUGUACAAGGAGACCACUGGAAAUGAGACUUAACCAUCUUUAUGAGGAUGAUGCCAAGCCAUGGGCCAAAUUCGACGAAGUUCCUGGGGAGAAGUUCACAGAUUUCUCCAAAGUCAGAGAUACUAUCGAAAAGUUAACCGAUAAAGUAGCUGGAACCAACAAGAAUAUUGUUGAUGAACCAAUUGUAGUAUAUGUGUACUCCCCCACUUGUCCAGAUUUGACAUUAGUUGAUUUGCCAGGACUCACACGUAUCCCACUGGCAGGCUCGAACCAACCAGACGACAUUUACGAAGUUACCAAAAAGAUGGCACUGAAGUAUGUUGAAGAUCCGCGUACAAUUAUCUUGUGUGUCAUCCCAGCCAAUGCAGAUAUGACAACUUCAGAUGCUUUGCAGCUGUCAAGAGAGAUUGACCCCAAAGGAAUCAGAACUGUUGGAGUCAUCACAAAGAUAGAUAUUAUGGAUCAUGGUACCAAUGCUAGAAGAAUGCUGAUGGGCCAAGAAGUUCCAUUAAGACUCGGAUAUGUUGGAGUCAAAAACAGAAAUCAGCAAUCUAUCAUAGACAAGCAAUCAGUCAAAGCUGCAUUGAAAGAAGAAAGAGAGUUCUUUGAAAACCAUCCAAUUUAUUCUUCGAUAAACUCGAAUCUUCUCGGAACAGAUGUUCUGACACAAAAGUGUACAAAGAUUAUGUUUACUCACAUCAAAAGUCAUCUUCCUGACAUUAUGAGAGAAAUCAAAGAGAAAAUGGGACAGAUCAAUGCAAGACUCAAAGACCUUGGGCCUCCAAUGCCAUCCUCAUCAAAAGAGAAGGCUCACUUGCUCUACAACAUGGUCACUGAGUUCUGAAAUCUAUUCAAGUCUGUCAUUGGAGGAAAGUACGAUUCCAGAAGAGACAGGACUCAAUCUAAAGAGAUCUAUGGAGGAGCAAGAAUCAAAAUGCUCUUAGAGAAUGUUUACAGAGAGUACACUGGCAAAUAUCAAGCCACAAAAGAUCUCACAGAUCUCGACAUCGAAAAAGCAAUUAUUAUGCAUGAAGGUGACUCUCUGCCUGGAUUCCCUUCAGUUGAUGUAUUUGUAUACCUGAUUACUCCAGAACUCAAGAAGCUGCAAGACCCAGCUCUUGAUCUCCUUGCAGAGUGUCAUCUCUACAUUGAGCAGCUGGCUGAAGAAAUCGCUCAGAAAAUCUUCUCAAGAUUCCCAGCAGUUGUGAACGACAUUAUGGAAAUUGUCUCAAAAGUGUUGAUGGAGAACAGAGACAAGACAGGAAAAGUUGUUGAAGCAAUCAUUGAGUCAGAAGAAGGAUACCUGUUUACCAAUGACAGAGAAUAUAUGGAGAAAUGCACAGAUAUAGUUCCAGCCGAUGAUCAAGAUGGUAAGGAGGGAGCUCCCAGAAAAGCUAGUCGUAACCAGUCUUAUGUAAAUGAAAUAAGAAAGAGACUUGACAUGUACUUUAAGAUUAUAGUAAGAGGUAUUAGAGAUUCAGUGCCCAAAGCCAUCGGGUUCUUUUUAGUCAAUGGUAUUCAAGAACACAUCCAGUAUGAGUUAUAUGCAGAGGUUAAUAAAAAUGAAACAAUGGCUGAGACUUUGGGAGAACCCCCAGAGGUCACGGCUGAAAGAAGAACAUUAAACACUAGUUUGGAUACAAUGAAGAAUGCUCUCAAGGUCCUACAAAGAGAUCCUGAAAUCACUGCAACUUUAGACUACGAUGAUGAGCUAUCAAGAGAUAUUAAAGAAUCUUUGAAAGAAGCCAAGUUGCAGAAAGAGAAAGCUUCUACUCCUUCACCACAUCCUCGAGGAGCUCCUCACAGAGGAGGAGAUAUGAGAAGUCAGCAUUCAGACUCUUCCAGACUCGACAUGUCAAAUAUGAGCAUGGCUUCAGACAAUUCACAAAAUAGAAGAGGGCCUCCAAAUGUUGGUCAACCUCAGAGACCUGGGCCCAACCACAUGCAGAAUUCAGGCACUCCACAAAGAAGGCCAGCUCAGGGUCCAAUCUAACAUAAAGGAUAAAGUUCAAUUAUUUCUAUUUGAUAA